CCUGUAAAUAAUAUCCCUGAAUGUUCUGCAGUACGGUGUCAAGAUGGUGAAAAUUGUAUACAAUUUUUGGGAGCUACACUUUCAAACGUAAUGCACAUACAUUCGUUGAUUAAAAACGAUAAACAAAUUUUGGAUGUUGAACAAAGAAACAGCAAUAAUUUAAGUACAUUAAACAAUCAACAUGGCAUUACAGAAAUUGGCGAUGUUGCAAAGUUUCCUGCCGAAAAUACAAACACUCGCUGCCAAAAUCACACUCAGUUGUUAGGCAUUACACUUGACAAUGCAAAAGUAAAUCUAUUAUUGGAGACGGACGCAAAAAAAUCUAAGAACCAAAAAGAGUAUAAAAAACAUCAUCGAAGAAAUACGUUUGAUGAUAAUCGAAUUAAAGCAUUGAAUGUGUUACAUGUUCACAAUAAAUGUGUCUAUCCGCGGACCAAGGAUGAAAAUUCGAAUGAAGACAAGUCUGUAGAAGUUCAAAAUAAUAGCAAUGACGUCUUAAAUCCUGAUGAACCUUGUGUAUGUUGUCCGAUAACCAAGGCAGACAAUACAAAUGAUUUGGAAGUAAAUGCUUUUCAAUUGUUGGAAGAACAUUUAAAAAGUAAAUUAGAUGAAUUGAGGUGUUCAGCCAGUAAAUCAUCUUACAUACCAAACGUGGACGAAAAAAGUAUUUUGGGUGAUACUAUAGUCAAGGUUAAAAAACUUAUUCUGGAAAGUGCGACUAAAGUUACCUGUAAAUGUGGUAGAAAUAACCAACCCAGCAGUGGAAGCUGGAACAGGGCAUAUAGUUUAUUACAUGAAUAUUUGAAAACUAAAAUAGAAGAUGUAAAAUGUAUCUGUAGUUCGGUCGAAUAUAGAAGAGAUGAAAAUUUGGUGACGCGUGUUUUAAGUCAAAUAAGUUGCUUAAUUGAAAAUGAUUUACAGCGACUUAAAAAUAUAUGCAAAUACAAUGAUAAGACAUUAGACACCAUCAGUAAACGGGAAUCACAUAUAACGCAUGAACUUCAAUGUAGUAUUAAUGAUUUAAACAAUCACAAUAAUAUGAUAAUAUCGAAUGCUAUUGAAAAAAAUAACAUGCGAAUGUCUCAAGUGGUGGAAUCCAAAUUUGUUAGUUAUGCUAAAGGUGUUUCGUUGUCGCACAAUAAAUCAGCACAAGUUUUUCUUCAUCAUUCAGUUGAAACCAAGUCAUGCGAUGCUUUAAAAAUAUAUAGUAAGUACUCUGGAGUACAAACAUUAGACGUAAUGAAAACUGAGCUUGUUAUAGAUAAUUAUAUUACUAGUGAAAGUGAUGAUGUUAAACCAAUCACCAACCAACAAGACAACGAUAGUUCUACCAAGAAAGCCGAGAAAAAGUCAAAUCUCCACCCUGAUAUGCAAAACAACGGGCUUACUAAAGAACCUUUUAAAAAGAGAGACAUCACAGUAUUGCCUAUAGUAAUGUCACCAGCAAUAGUGAUACUGCACUAA